GCCUAGCAACGGAUCCAGCCGCGCAGCUCCGGGUAAUUUGCCGGCGACUAAGCCAAAGGGAGGGCUUAGCCCCGGCCCUUCCCUUUUUCUUGGACUACAGACGCCUCCUCGACACUGCGGUCGCCACCUCGAGCCGCGCCGGGCGUCGCGUAGCUGUUCCUGCACGCGGGACCGACUCCGGCUCGGCGCCCCGGGCCCGCACCGCCCUGCACUCCUACAGCUCACGGACGCCACUGUACACCCGUACCCGCGGCUAAGCGGCCCCACUGAAUUCCGACGCGGGACCUCGCGGUACGCGGGACCAGGCCAGCCUAUGGGGGCUCCCAGAUAACGCGGGUUGGGGGCGCCCAUGCCCCCCAUCCCCGCCAGCAUGGCUCGGCCACCACCCCUCGGGGAGCUGCCCCCGGGCUACACACCCCCAGCUCGAUCUGCAGCACCCCAGAUCCUAGCUGGGAGCCUUCAGGCUCCACUCUGGCUUCGUGCUUACUUCCAGGGCCUGCUCUUCUCUCUGGGCUGCGGGAUCCAGAGACACUGUGGCAAAGUGCUCUUCCUGGGACUUUUGGCCUUUGGGGCCCUAGCACUGGGUCUCCGCGUGGCCAUCAUUGAGACAGACCUAGAACAGCUCUGGGUGGAAGCGGGCAGCCGGGUGAGCCAAGAGCUGCAAUACACCAAGGAGAAGCUGGGGGAGGAGGCUGCAUACACCUCCCAGAUGUUGAUACAGACCCCGCGCCAGGAGGGGGAGAAUGUCCUCACGCCUGAGGCACUUGGCCUCCACCUCCAGGCAGCCCUCACCGCCAGUAAAGUGCAAGUAUCACUCUAUGGAAAGUCCUGGGAUUUGAACAAAAUCUGCUACAAGUCAGGAGUUCCCCUAAUUGAAAACGGAAUGAUUGAGCGGAUGAUUGAGAAGCUGUUUCCCUGCGUGAUCCUCACCCCCCUCGACUGCUUCUGGGAAGGAGCCAAACUCCAAGGGGGCUCUGCCUACUUGCCGGGCCGCCCCGACAUCCAGUGGACCAACCUGGAUCCAGAGCAGCUGCUGGAGGAGCUGGGCCCCUUUGCCUCCCUUGAGGGCUUCCGGGAGCUGCUAGACAAGGCACAGGUGGGCCAGGCCUACGUGGGGCGGCCCUGUCUGCACCCUGACGACCUCCACUGCCCAUCUAGUGCCCCUAACCAUCACAGCAGGCAGGCUCCCAAUGUGGCUCAGGAGUUGAGCGGGGGCUGCCAUGGCUUCUCCCACAAGUUCAUGCACUGGCAGGAGGAACUGCUGCUGGGAGGCCUGGCCAGAGACCCCCGAGGACAGCUGCUGAGGGCAGAGGCCCUGCAGAGCACCUUCCUGCUGAUGAGUCCCCGCCAGCUCUAUGAGCACUUCCGGGGCGACUACCAGACGCACGACAUCGGCUGGAGCGAGGAGCAGGCCAGCACGGUGCUGCAGGCCUGGCAGCGGCGCUUCGUGCAGCUGGCGCAGGAGGCCCUGCCUGGGAACGCGUCCCAGCAGAUCCACGCCUUCUCCUCCACCACCCUGGAUGACAUCCUGCACGCCUUCUCUGAAGUCAGCGCUGCCCGCGUGGUGGGAGGCUACCUGCUCAUGCUGGCCUACGCCUGCGUGACAAUGCUGCGGUGGGACUGUGCUCAGUCCCAGGGUGCCGUGGGCCUCGCCGGGGUGCUGCUGGUGGCCCUGGCGGUGGCCUCGGGCCUCGGGCUCUGCGCCCUGCUCGGCAUCGCCUUCAAUGCCGCCACUACCCAGGUGCUGCCCUUCUUGGCACUGGGCAUUGGCGUGGAUGACAUAUUCCUGCUGGCACAUGCCUUCACAGAGGCUCCACCUGGCACCCCUCUCCAGGAGCGCACAGGUGAGUGUCUGCAGCGCACAGGCACCAGCGUUGCACUCACAUCCAUCAACAACAUGGUCGCCUUCUUCAUGGCUGCCCUAGUUCCCAUCCCUGCACUGCGGGCCUUCUCCUUGCAGGUGAGGCCUCACAAACGGGGCCCGGGCUCAGGGUGGGCAUGGAGCCGGGGCAGGCCUCAUCCAGGCUUUGUGCCCCUCCUGUCCAUCCCGCAGGCGGCAGUAGUGGUUGGCUGCAACUUUGCAGCCAUGAUGCUUGUCUUCCCAGCGGUCCUCAGCCUGGACCUGCACCGGCGCCACUGCCAGCGCCUUGAUGUGCUCUGCUGCUUCUCUAGCCCCUGCUCUGCUCGGGUGAUUCAGAUUCUGCCCCAGGAGCUGGGGGAUAGGACAGUACCAGUGGGCAUUGCUCACCUGACUGCCACUGUUCAGGCAUUUGCGCACUGUGAAGCCAGCAGCCAGCAUGUGGUCACCAUCCUGCCUCCCCAAGCCCACCUGGUGCCCCCACCUUCUGACCCACUGGCCUCUGAGCUCUUCAGCCCAGGAGGGUCAACACGGGACCUUCUAGGCCAGGAGGAGGGGACAAGGCAGAAGGCAGCCUGCAAGUCCCUGGCCUGCGCCCGCUGGAAUCUUGCCCAUUUCGCCCGAUCUCAGUUUGCACCCUUGCUGCUCCAGUCCCACACCAAGGCCAUGGUGCUGGUACUUUUUGGGGCUCUUCUGGGCCUGAGCCUCUAUGGAUCGACCUUGGUGCAGGAUGGGCUGGCCCUGACAGAUGUGGUGCCUCGGGGCACCAAGGAGCAUGCCUUCCUGAGCGCCCAGCUCAGGUACUUCUCUCUGUACGAGGUGGCCCUGGUGACACAGGGUGGCUUUGACUACGCCCACUCCCAACGCGCCCUCUUUGAUCUGCACCAGCGCUUCAGUUCCCUCAAGGCGGUGCUGCCCCCACCGGCCACGCAGGCACCCCGCACCUGGCUGCACUAUUACCGCAACUGGCUACAGGGAAUCCAGGCUGCGUUUGACCAGGACUGGGCUUCUGGGCACAUCACCCGCCACUCAUACCGCAAUGGCUCUGAGGAUGGGGCCCUAGCCUACAAGCUGCUCAUCCAGACCGGGGAUGCCCAGGAGCCUCUGGAUUUCAGCCAGCUGACCACAAGGAAGCUGGUGGACAAGGAUGGGCUGAUUCCACCUGAGCUCUUCUACAUGGGGCUGACCAUGUGGGUGAGCAGUGACCCCCUGGGUCUGGCAGCCUCACAGGCCAACUUCUACCCCCCACCUCCCGAGUGGCUGCAUGACAAGUACGACACCACCGGGGAGAACCUUCGCAUCCCCGCGGCCCAGCCCCUGGAGUUUGCCCAGUUCCCCUUUCUACUGCACGGCCUCCAGAAGACUGCAGACUUCGUGGAGACCAUUGAGGGGGCCCGGGCAGCGUGUGCCGAGGCAGGCCGGGCCGGGGUGCGCGCCUACCCCAGCGGCUCCCCCUUCCUCUUCUGGGAGCAGUAUCUGGGCCUGCGGCGCUGCUUCCUGCUGGCAGUCUGCAUCCUGCUGGUGUGCACUUUCCUCGUCUGCGCCCUGCUGCUGCUCAACCCCUGGGCAGCUUCCCUCAUAGUACUGGUCCUGGCAGUGAUGACCAUGGAGCUCUUUGGCAUCAUGGGUUUCCUGGGCAUCAAGCUGAGCGCCAUCCCCGUGGUGAUCCUUGUGGCGUCUGUAGGCAUUGGUGUCGAGUUCACGGUCCAUGUGGCUCUGGGCUUCCUGACCUCCCAGGGUAGCCGGAACCUCCGGGCUGCCCGGGCCCUAGAGCACACAUUGGCCCCGGUGACCGAUGGGGCCAUCUCCACAUUGCUGGGUCUGCUCAUGCUUGCUGGUUCCAACUUUGACUUCAUUGUAAGGUACUUCUUCGUGGUGCUGACAGUACUCACACUCCUAGGCCUCCUCCAUGGGCUCGUGCUGCUGCCUGUGCUGCUGUCCAUCCUGGGCCCCCCACCAGAGGUGGUACAGAUGUACAAGGAGAGCCCAGAGGUCCUGAGCCCACCAGCUGCACAAGGAGGAGGGCUCAGGUGGGGGGUAGCCCCCACCCUUCCCCAGAGCUUUGCCAGAGUGACUACCUCCAUGACCGUGGCCCUCCGCCCACCUCCACUGCCUGGUGCCUACAUCCACCCAGCCUCUGAAGAGCCUACUUGGUCCCCUGCUGCCACACCAGCUGCCAGUGGCUCCAGCAACCUUACUUCUAGGGGACCAUGUCCAGCCAUCUGAUGAAAGAGCAGCUGAAGCAUGGAGACCCCGUUCAGGCCACAUGAAGGCACUGGGAAGCCGUGGGGUGUUACUGAACGCAGGGCAGACUCCUGGGGAGCCCUGCUGCUGCUGCUGUCUGCCUCCAUCCCCUCCCCGACCCAGCCAUCACAGACCUCCCUGGGAUCCACACAAAACCACCACCCUCUAGGCUGUGAGCAGCCUUGCACACCCGGGUGCUCCGUGCCUGUGCCCAUGCCCGGGUGGGGUGAAAGCCAGCAAGCACUUCAGGCUGCAGUGCAGCCCUGUCCCCGCUCCCACCCCACCCUGCUGCCCCCAGCAGACCAAGCCUGAGGGAUCCUCUAGCACCCUUCACCAGUCCUGGUCCCCCACUGCUUGCUGAGUCCUGGGUAGGCUCUCUGUAUCCCUGCCCACCUCUCACCACAUAAAUUAUUUAUAUGGAGACGUUUAUUUUUGUAGUUUGU